AGGAGGACGUGUGGGAGGAGUUGUGAAGAAGGAGGUGGGUCGCGUAUCGAAACUGAAAUAACAACGCUGGAUAAUGACUCACAUAUUGCUUCGCAAGAUGAGAUUGGUUCCCAGUGUUCGACGGGAGUGAUCGUAAAUACAGGUCCUCGUUACAAAGUAAACCGAAUCAAUGGUAUCCUCCAUUAUGUAGAGGAACUUGAUUUUUAUUCAUCGGAAAACUUGCAAAACAGAAACCCAAUCUCAAGGGAUUUGACGAUCUAUAUGGUUUCCGGUUUCAAUAACCACAUGGAGCGUCUCAUGCAGUUGCUCGCGCAAACGGUCUUACAGGCCAAGAUAAUAGCGGAAGAAUUGGAGAUUGCCGAACGAAGUAUUCGUUUUGAGCAGCAGGCCCUGAAACGUACACCCAUCCUUAUGGAGUUAGUGCAUGCAGCUGGCUUUAGUGGAAAUAGGACACUGGGCUUACCGCGCUACUGUUCGCAGGGGAAUUCGGACCACAUUAGCAAUUUUUUGGCUAACUACUAUCGACCGGAGCGGAUUGUCGUUUCCAGGGUCGGAAGGGAUAGCGAGGCGUUUGUAAAAUCGAUAGACAAAGCUUUCUGUCCAUGUAAACCCAACACUUGUCGCGAGCCAACCACACUCAGUUUACCCGAACCAGAUAAUUCGGUUAUGAUUGAACGUGAUCUAGAAAGUCAUCAUGCCCCGAUGCCGGAAUUUGCAAACGAGGUCAUCGGACCGGAGUCGUGCGGUUAUCCAGAUUCACAUUUUGUUACAGCGUGUCUAUUACACUCAUUGCUCCAUCUAUGUGGAUUGAGAUUCGCGAUUUAUGGUCGUGUCAUGUAUCGCCAGUGUGUGUUCGUGUCGUCAUUUGUCAUCAGUUCAUUGAGAUCGAGUUAA